AUGUCCAAUAGUAAUUCUAAGCAAAGCAUCCUUAUCAUUGGCGCUGGGUGCUCUGGAAUGGCUGCUGCGUACUCUCUUUCGUUACAACCACAGAACUACAACGUCACUUUAACUGAUAAGUCUCACACUUUGGGAGGCAGUGCUACAAGCUAUGAGCUAGAUGAUCAUCUUUUCGGUGCUGAUUAUAUCAAUGAUGGCGUACAAGGCGCAAGUCCGGUGUUUCACAACACCCUAUCUAUGUUUGAGUCUGUACUGGGCUUUAGAGCAAGUGAUGUUGGUAUGCAAAUUAGCUUCGGAAAUACUGUGGACUCCUUUUGGUCAAACGUAUUCCCAUCUCACCUCGUCGACCAGUUUCAGCAGGAUAUCAAGAAGUUCGGUCGUGUUUUGAACACUAUUAAACGCUUUGAAAUCUUUUUCGCUCUCAUACCCGUGGACAAAAUGCUUAAAAUAUUCAAUUUUCACCCUUCCUUUGGUGAUAGAAUGGUUUAUCCCCUGGUUGCCUUAUUUUUUGGUACUGGUAAUGAGACUAAGCAUAUUUCUUCCGCUAUUCUUGAACGAGUCUUCCUCGAUCCAUCGAUGAGGUUGUUCGAAUUCAGUGAAAAAAGUCUUUUGGCAAGCGUACCGCAUAUGAAAGCUUUUCCUGAACUGUCGCGUAUAUAUGGAAAAUGGAAAUCCAAAAUUCAAUCUAACGGAAAUGUCAAAAUUCUUGCUUCAAAUCAAGUUAACAGCAUUGAAAGAGGAACAAAGGAAGCGAAAAACGCUGGUGGUAAUAUAAGGGCUUCUUUAACUGACUUAAAGAACAGUCAUCAUCGUUUCGAGUCAUUCGAUCAGGUCAUCUUCGCAUGUGAUGCUGACAGCGCUCUCAAAAUCCUUGAUGCCGGUUCAGGUUCAACAUGGCGUGAGAGGAAAAUUCUUGGAAAUGUCUUAUACAAAUGGGACGUAACCGUAACUCAUCACGAUUAUGAUUACAUGCGUAAGAAUUAUCAGAUGACGUAUGACUCAAAAUACAACGCUGAAAGAUACGACCUAGAUAGUAAAAAGGCUUUUGAAUUUGCUCAAAAGCACUGGAGACCAUUAUAUCUUAUCAAAAUGUAUGAAGAGGAUCCUUCACAAGUUGAAAUGAGUUUUGAUCUAACCCAUUAUCAAGGUCAAUUUGAGGGCAUGCCAUCAGUAGGAACAGAUGCAGAUCUAAAACCUCAAGAUGCACCACCAACUGAACGUCAAGCAGGGAAUCAAGGCAAGGAGCACUCACAGAGUGCAACAUCAGAUGGUUCUCAGCAUAUUGAAAGAGAUAAAACGCUUCCAGUACCUAAAAAUCAUGUCUAUCAGACAAUCUAUCUCGAUCAGGACUCCAGCGAUCGUUGGACAAAAUAUCAAGUUAAUCGAGAUAAAAUAAUAUUAGAAAAGUGGUGGAAACAGCAAAGUCAUCGAUUCCAGCAUUAUGCUGGAACAGUUCCAUGGUUAUGGACAAUAAACGGGAAGAACAAUACGUGCUUUGCGGGGGCAUAUACUCUUGUUAACAUGCACGAAGUUGCUAUGGUAUCAGGAUUUUCAGCAGCAUACCAGCUAGGCGCGCCAUAUCCGUUUAAAGACGAUGAAAACUGUGCAAGACUGUUCAGGCUUUAUCUCCUAUUAGCGCAUAUGUCACGCAUGCGCAGUGAAGAUCGUAGCGGAUUUUUCAGUUAA